UCAGCGCGUUGUACGUCAGGCGGUUCAAAUAGGAGCAAAGAUGGCGGACAACAAAGGCCAAGAGUGUACGCAGAGCUCCGUCAACAUGGAGGUAGAAACUCCGACAGGAGAAGAAAACGGAGACAGCGGCGCGAAGGACCAAGAGCCGGUCGUUUUAAUCGACGCGGACCCGAAAAACGGAGGGGACGAGCUGAAACCUCAAGAGACCGUCUCCCUAGCGCUGACGACAUCCAGCACUAGCAACAGCAGCGGCGAAGCUCGAGACGGGACCCCGAAUGCCGAGAGCAGUGAGCAGCAGCCGCCGCCGCCGCCGCCCUCCUCCGCCUCCUCCUCCUCCUCCUCCUCCUCCUCAGCGGAAAGCACCACAGCUGGCGCAACACCCGCUCUCACCACCGAAAUGUCGCCUCCUCCACCAGCACCACCAGUAGCAUCUUCUUCCUCAACCCCUGCCGCCCCGAUAAGCCUGCUGGAUACGUGCGCUGUAUGUAAACAGAGUCUGCAGAACCGCGACUGUGAGCCCAAACUCCUGCCCUGUCUGCACUCUUUCUGCCUGAAGUGCAUCCCGCAGCCGGAGCGAAAGAUCACCGUCCCGGUGCAGGGCCCCCAUGGGCAGGACACUCAUAUUGUGAACGUCAUGCGUUGUACAGUGUGUCUUCAGGAGUACAAACAGACCGACAUGGUGGACAAUUAUUUUGUCAAGGACACGUCAGAAGCCACGAGCACUUCAGUGGAGAACUCUACACAGGUGUGCACCAGCUGUGAAGACAAUGCAACCGCUGUUGGAUUCUGUGUAGAAUGUGGGGAGUGGCUUUGUAAAACGUGCAUCGAAGCGCAUCAACGGGUCAAAUUCACCAAGGACCAUAAAAUACGCAAAAAAGAGGAAUUGUCUCCUGAGUCAGUCGGGACAUCAGGCCAGAGGCCAGUCUUCUGUCCAGUGCACAAACAAGAGGCCCUGAAGCUCUUCUGUGAGACAUGUGACACUUUAACCUGCAGAGACUGUCAACUGCUGGAGCAUAAAGAGCACAGGUAUCAGUUUCUAGAGGAAGCUUUUGAAAACCAGAAAGGCAUCAUCGAAACAUUCAUGGCUAAGUUGCAAGAGAAGAGAAACUUUGUGGAAUUCUCUGCAUCUCAGGUGCAAAACAGAAUCAGAGAAGUUGCUGAGACACAUAAGAAGGUAGAACAUGAAAUAAAGAUCUCAGUCUUUACUCUCAUCAAUGAAAUCAACAAGAAGGGCAAGUCUCUACUGCAGCAGCUGGAGAGUGUGACCAAAGAGAGAAGUGUGAAGCUGAUCAACCAGCAGAGGGACAUCAGCAUUCUGGCCCAGCAAAUCAUCCAUGUGCUUAACUUCACCAACUGGGCCAUCAGCAAUGGUAGCAGCACAGCCCUACUCUACAGCAAGAGACUGAUCACAUACCAGCUGCGGUUUAUUAUGAAGGCCCGUGUGGACCCAGUACCUCAAAAUAAUGGAGCAGUCCGGUUCUUCUGCGACCCCACCUUCUGGGCCAAGAAUGUGGUUAACCUUGGCAAUCUAGUUAUUGAGAAAGUGACACAUACUGCUCCUCCACCCAGCAUGAUGGUUGGUCAGCAAAUCUCUCCCAGUCACAAUCACCCAGGUAAGCACUCGGGACAGAUCAACCUGGCCCAGCUGAGGCUGCAGCACAUGCAGCAGGCUGCCAUUGCUCAGAAACAGCAGCAACAGCAGCAACAUCAACAACAUCAGCAGCAGCAGCAACAACAUCAGCAGCAGCAGCAACAACAUCAGCAGCAGCAGCAACACCAACAUCAGCAGCAGCAGCAACAACAACAUCAGCAGCAGCAGCAUCAACAUCAGCAACAGAUUCAGCAGCAGAUGCGCAUUGCCUCACAGAUGUCACAGCAUCCCAGACAAGGAGGACCUCCACAGAUGAUACAACAACCGCCUCCAAGGCUAAUUAGUAUGCAGUCCCUCCAGAGGGGCGGGGUUAAUGGCUCCUCCCACAUGUAUCCACCUCAUCACAUUCGCAUGGUGUCAGGGCAGAACCGCGUGCCCUCGGCGCAGCCCCGAGUCAACGGCCAUCCAUAUCCCAUGAUGCAGCCUCAACUUCAGAGACAGCACUCCAACCCUGGGCAUGCCGGGCCCUUCCCUGUGGCAUCUCUACACAAUGUAAGUGCUGCCAACCCCACCAGUCCAACCAGUGCCAGCAUGGCAAAUGCCCACAUUCACCGUGGCCCCACCAGCCCUAUCGUGGGCCCCAUAGAGCUCAUACCUUCAGUCACCAACCCGGAAAACCUGCCCUGCCUGCCCGACAUCCCUCCCAUUCAGCUUGAAGAUGCCGGUUCGAGUAUGCUGGAUAAUCUCUUGAGUCGAUAUAUUUCUGCUAGUUCAUAUCCCCCUGUUGGCCCCAACAGCAGUUUAAAUCCCUCACCAGGAUCCUCGACACAUUCCCCAGGAUCAUCAGGUUUAUCUAAUUCUCACACGCCAGCUCGUCCAUCUAGCACAUCAAGCACGGGCAGUCGGGGCAGUUGUGGUUCAGCUGGUAGACUUGGGCCAGGGAACAUGACCGUGGACCAGGUGAAGGUCAAACAGGAACCAGGAGUUGAGGAAGAAUGUAGCUAUUCUGGAUCAAAUGUCAAAACAGAGCACAGCAAAGAUGGCAGACGGAGUGCUUGCAUGAUGAGCAGCCCAGAAGGAAGCUUAACCCCCCCUCUUCCCAUUCUUGGCUCAGUGUCAACUGGUUCAGUCCAGGACAUUUUAAGAACACUUGGUGAGAAUGUUAAAUCCGAACCACAGAGUGAGAAGCUUUCGUCCUGCACAAACCCAAACUCUAGCACACCUUUAACCAAUGGGAAUGGAAGUCAGAUAAAGUCUUUGCUUUCACACCGGGGGAGCACUGCCAGUUCCCAGGCCACUGCUAAUGUCAACAGUCAGACCAGUACAGGGAAGGAGGACGACCCGAAUGAGGACUGGUGUGCAGUAUGUCAGAAUGGAGGAAGGCUGCUAUGCUGUGACCGCUGUCCUAAAGUCUUCCACGAAGAAUGCCAUAUCCCAAUGCUCAAAAGUUUGCCAAGCGGAGAUUGGAUGUGCACAUUGUGCCGAAGUCUCACAAACCCAGAGAUGGAAUACGACUGUGAUGAUAAUCCGUGCAGUAAGAAGGACAAGAGUGAGAUGGGAAUGAGUCCAGAAGACCAACGACGCUGUGAGCGUCUUCUGCUGUUUAUGUACUGUCAUGAGCUCAGUAUUGCAUUUAGAGAGCCUGUUUCCACAUCGGUACCCAAUUACUAUAAAAUAAUUAAGCAUCCAAUGGACUUGAAACUAAUGAAGAAGAAACUGGAGCAAAAACAUCCUCUGCAUUACAAGAGCCCCAAAGAGUUUGUGUCCGAUGCUCGUCUGGUCUUCACCAAUUGUGCCAAAUACAAUGAGAUGUCUCGAAUAAUCCAGGUUUAUGAUGAGGACAUACAGAAUAAUGUUCAGGCCGACUCGGAAGUAGCAGAGGCCGGAAAAGCUGUGAGCAUGUACUUCGAAGAAAAGCUGCUGGAGAUCUUUCCAGACCAAAUGUUCCCGCCUGCCGUGGAGGAGUCAAAACCCGAGGAUGAUAAGGAGGAUACGGAGGGCUCUGAUGAUGACGUUGUCCAACCAAAACGCAAACGUUUAAAAGUCGACCCUGAGAAGCUGAUGCAUAUAAAGUAAAAAAAUGAGAGAACUGAGCAAUUUGGAGAAAAAAGAAAGUGUCUUCCUUAAGACCACUGUCUUAUUCUGCUCUACGAUGGGUCAGAGAAUUCUGGAACUGAUGGAGUUCAGAUGUUUCGUUUAUUUCAUGUACUCCCCACCCUGGCAAUCCAUUGUAAAUGCUCCAAAUUAACUUUGAAACUUGCAUUGUGGAUGUCGGAGUGUGAAGGAUGAGGAUUUGUCUCCCCAGGGGGAAGUUAUUGGGUGUCAAUGAAAACACUUGUACAGAUUUAAAUAGGUUUUUGUUUUGGUCUGGUUAAGUAAAUAACAUCCUUUUUCUUGCAUUUUUUUUUUUUCUUAAAACUAUCUGUUAUAAAUGAUACACUCAUCUCUUCCGUUGUAUGAUAAAGUUGAACAUAUAUGGCCCAACUACCGCCUUUGCAUGUGUGUUCUGUUGCUCCUUCCUACUGAUAAUUCAGAUCUUUUAAAGAGGAGAAAGUUUUAUCAUUAUUUUCAAUAAAACAGUCACCCCUGUAUUGUUGGAAAGUGUUGAUCACAGACCCUUUGGCUUUGAAAAGAUGCAUAUAAAAUGGAUGUCUGUACCUUCUGACAAAACCCCACAAAAGUACCACUUUUUUCAAUGGAAAUGCAACUCUUAGAACAAUGUAUCCAUGAAGCAACUCUGAUCACGUGAAGCAGUGAGUACAUGCAUUGAUUAACAUUAAGACAUUAUGCAUUGCAUUCUUUGAAAAAAAAAAGAAAACUGCAGCAAUGCCAGUGGAAGGGUAUUAAGUAUUGCCUAAAGUGUAAACUUAUGGUUAUACAGUAUAAUACCAGUUAAAUGUUUGGACCCAUUCUGUAUUAUAACUGUUUCCCACAUUUUAGAAAACAAUGAAGUCAUCAACACUACAGAAUAACACAAAUGGGUGUAUGGGAAUUAUGUAGUAACCAAAAAAAAAAAAAAAAAAAAAAUUUAAAAACAUUUUAUAUUUCCAAAGUAUGAAAAAGUAGCCACCCUUUUGCUUGGAUUACAGCUCUGUACUAUCUGGGCAUUCUUUUGACCAACUUCAUGAGGUACAACCUGGGAUGCUUUUUAACAGUGUUAGAGUUCCCAUGUAUACUAGACUUUUGUUGGCUGCUUUUCCUUCAGUGUAGUCCAAUUAAAAAAAAAAAAAAAAAAAAAGUUUAAAUUACAAUGUC